AUGUCGUCGGUUCCACCGGAGCAAUUAACUAGUAAAUAUCAAGGCACAGGGUCCAUGUUCGACCAUCAAACCUCCGCAAGCUCCUCCAAGCCAGCCGGAAACGAUGACUCGAAAGCCCCAUUGCCCAAGGGCGUCGUCCUGGACAAAGACGGAAAGCCCUGCCGCACUUGCACCUCCGUCGCCUCAUGGCGAGCAUUGACCAAGCAAGCCGACCUCAAAAGCGCAAACUCAAGCUCUACUUCACCCUCCACCUCGGGCACAGGCAAAAUGACAGCCUCAAUGGCCCCCCUCGCCGCCGCUGCAACAACCUCCCCCAGCGAAAGACCCUCAGACUGCCCACCAGACGUCGAAGAGCUAGGUCGUUCAACAUGGACACUAUUGCACUCGAUGGCAGCUACAUAUCCCGAAAAGGCAAACACAGAACACCAGGCUAAUAUGAGCGGGUUCUUGAAGUUCUUCUCGAAGCUGUACCCGUGCUGGGUAUGUGCAGAUGAUUUCCAGACAUGGAUGGCGCAUCCCAGUGGGCAGAAUCAACCGAAACUGGGGAGCCGGAAGGAGUUUGGGUGGUGGAUGUGCGAGGCGCAUAAUGAGGUUAAUCGGAAGCUUGGGAAGAAGGAGUUUGACUGUCGACUUUGGGAGGAGAGAUGGCUGACUGGGUGGAAGGAUGGUCGGUGUGAUUGA